UCAUCCAUGUUGUGAACGUGAGAAAAGCACGAGAGGCUGUCACAUCUGGAGCAAAAUUUCCCGUCCUUUUCGUAUUUGUUCGUUACUCACGCGUAUUUCUCGUGAGAUAAAUACAAAAUGAGUGACUUUUCGUCGCUCGGGCUCUCUGACUGGCUCAUUAAACAGUGUAAGCAGUUGGGCAUCAACAAACCGACCCCUGUGCAGGAAAACUGCAUGCCAGCUAUUCUAGAAGGUCGUGACUGUAUGGGCUGUGCCAAAACUGGAAGCGGGAAGACAGCAGCAUUUGUGCUUCCAGUGCUACAGAAACUGUCGGGUGACCCUUACGGCAUCUUCUGCCUGGUGCUGACGCCCACCAGGGAAUUGGCAUACCAGAUCGCAGAGCAAUUUCGAGUCCUGGGGAAGCCGCUGGGUCUGCGCGACUGCAUCGUCGUCGGUGGAAUGGACAUGGUGAGUCAGGCCCUGGAGCUUUCCAACCAGCCUCACGUGGUCGUCGCCACGCCGGGCAGGCUCGCAGAUCACAUCCGGAGCUCCAACACCUUUAGCAUGAGGAAGAUCCAGUUCCUGAUCUUGGAUGAGGCAGAUCGGCUGCUGGAGCAGGGCUGCACAGACUUCACCAAAGACCUGGAGGUGAUCCUCGGGGUGCUGCCAACCAAACGGCAGACUCUUCUGUUCAGCGCCACACUCACCGACACCCUGCAGGACUUGAAGAGGCUCGCCAUGAACAAGCCCUUCUUUUGGGAGAGCACGUCCGAGACUCGUACGGUGGAAGAGUUGGACCAGAGGUACAUCCUGACUCCGGAGAAGGUGAAGGACGCUUACCUGGUCCACUUGAUCCAGACCUUCACGGAUGAGCAUGACGACUGGUCCAUCAUUAUCUUCACUAACACGUGCAAGAGCUGUCAAAUCCUCACCAUGAUGCUUCGGCAAUUUGACUUCCCCACAAUCUCCCUCCACUCAAUGAUGAAGCAGAAACAACGAUUUGCCAAUCUUUCCAUGUUCAAGGCCAGCGUCUAUAAAAUCCUGAUUGCCACAGACAUAGCUGCCAGGGGCUUGGAUAUUCCAACUGUGCAGGUUGUCAUCAAUCACAACACUCCUGGCCUGCCAAAAACAUACAUCCACAGGGUGGGCCGAACAGCCAGAGCAGGCAGGAACGGGGUGUCCAUCACCCUGGUGACACAGUACGACAUCCAUCUUGUCCAUGCCAUCGAAGAACAAAGUCAGACUAAAAUGAAGGAGUUUGCAGUGGAGGAGAAAGAAGUCCUGAAGAUCCUCACGCAGGUCAACGUGACCAAGCGAGAGUGUGAAAUAAGACUGGAGUCUACAGACUUUGAUGAGAAAAAGGAAAUCAACAAGAGGAAGCAGAUGAUCUUGGAAGGAAAGGAUCCAGACAUGGAGGCAAAGAGGAAAGCAGAACUGGAAAAGAUCAGGAGCCAGAAGAGAAAGUUCAAAGAGCGGAUCCAGAAGAACAUAGAGGGACAGAAACGAGGAGAGCUCAAGCGGAAAUUCAAGAGCAAAAAUAUCAAGAAAAAGACAAAACAAGGAACAGAUUGACACUUGUUUGUUUUGAUCUUUUAUUACUGUGCAAUACCAAAUAUUUGUGACUGUCUGCAAAUCAACAUGACAUUUAUUUUAUACUAUAAA